AUUGGACUCUGGGUCUCUUGGACAACUUUACAGCCUGCUACCUUCCAGGACUUCCCUGUGUUUCAAAGUCCCCAACCAGCAUGUCUGUGUCCUAUCCAACUAAUUCCUACUUUAGUCAUUUAUGGUCAUCCCACCAGCUCAGGAACACAGUUACUUCACUUACUGUUUUUGUAAUUGCAGAUUUACAUUGUCUUGUAAAUGCAAAAUUUCAGAUUUACAAAGGUAGGUUUGUUAUGAGCUUUUAGGCUCUAACAACCUGCUUUUUAGGAAUAACUGGAAGAAAGAUAAUAUUGUAAAGUACCCACAUACAUUUUAGGCCUUUUCCGUGCAAGGUUAUUUGUGAGAAUUAUAAGAUAUCUUGAAAUUAAGUAGGAUUAUCUCGUUUAUAGGAGUGGAAGCUGAAGUUCAGCAGUAGAAACUUGCCCAAGGCCACAUAGUUUUAAUAUUGGGCAGAGCUAAGAGUCAGACCCCAAUGUUCCUACCUGGAGAGCCCUUUCCAACAUGUCGUAUUGUCUGUAGCCGGGGAAAUGAGCUAAGAUGAGGGGCUUUACAAAAAUCCAUUUAAAGAGUCAGUGACAGAAUCAGGUUUAGGUAUCAUGAUUUUGUAAUACAGAUGACUGGUUGUGUCCCCCAAAACCCAAAUAGCACAUACUCUGUUCCACCAGAAGUGCAGCAGGAUUAGAUGGUUUUAGUGCACAUUGGAUAAUACAGAUUUCAUAAUCUGACAUAAAACUAAAACAUAGGAGAUUUAUAGAGGAGAUUCUAUAGCCCUAUCAAUGUACCAAACUAUUUUAUUCUCUGGGUUUUAUAUUCUGAGAACAGUUACCAGCCAUCUCAAAAUCUGAGGUCAUCAAGGCUCUCCCAGGGUUGUCACUGGUUGGCUUCCACUUACUUUGGGGCGACUUUAAAGGCACAGCAGGCAGAGAGCAACUGACUUUACCUGGGUUUGAUCUUGGAACUAGGAAAGAGAAAUGUUUUGAAAACCAUUUCAAAGUUUAAAAGAUAAUAAUCUACCCUGGAGAGUUUGAGGUCUUUGGAGAAGCUUUAAUUGGUAGAGCAGAGGAGAAUGUAAUUCUGGAAAGUAUUGUCCAGUGAGGGGAACUGAUGUGAAAUGGGUAUUUUGAGCCACUGAGUUUCUUCCAGCUCACGUAUUCACUUUGUGCCCUGGUCUAUCUUUUGUCUAAGAUCUAUAUACGCAAACUUCCUAUGUGAGCUCAUCCUCUCCCUGAUUUCCAAAGUUUUCUCUAGCCCUAGCCUUGCUUUGGAUUUCCAGGCCCAGAUUUUUCACCAAGUCUUGAAUGAUUGCAUCAGCCUGUCUUGCUACCCACUCAAGUCCAGCAUGCUCAAACCCAGGACUGCACUUGAGAAAGCUUUUGCUUCCAAAGUUUAGGUUUUAAUAAGAUGAGCAUUUGGACCAUGUUAUCUCCAGCAAAGUGGAAGGUGAUUUAGGAGCUGGAAGGUGAAUGGCAAUGAUUCUGUAAUAAAUGUCAAAUCUAGAAGUUCUAUCAGACAAAGAAUUUUUAAAAGACCAGUAUUUUGUCUUUUUGUUUAAUGUAGGGUUUUUAAAUUGCAGGGCUCAAGGGAAAGUCCCUACCCAGCGGUCCCAACCUGUAGGUUGCAAAAUUAUUUGGGCCUCAGAGCUCUAUGUACUCUUGUCAGAUCAUCUUUGGAAAAGAACAAAUCUGUUUAAUCUUCAGGUUAAAUUUAAACCAUGUGAAAUUGCCAAAUGCCGUUGAUACCCUGUAAAAGCAAAAAGAAAACAGUGCAUAGGUUCAGCCUAAUAUAAACGUUCCUUAUAUUGUUGCAUAAACUGAGCUAGGACGUUGGGGAAAAGGUAGAUGCGAGAUUUCCAGAGCAUCGGGAGGAGGGCCGCGGAGGAGAGGGCGUGGUGGAAGGAGGUCCUGGCGCUAGAGGAAACCAGGGACGCCGGCUCCACUCUCCGCCUCAAUUCUGGCCGACGCAAGCUUGGCCACACCCCCCUUUGCAACCGCCGUAAAGUGUGGUGUCGUGGCCCCGCCCAUUUCGGCGCCUCUUGUGGCGCCGGCGCCCUGGGCUUUUUGCGCGGGAAAAGGGUGUCGCCCACGUCUGCUUAGCGUCACUGGAGUCAGGCUUAUUUCGCUGAGGUCGCCGCCGGCUCCGCGCCGCUGCCGGCCAUGGGGCUUCUGGAGCUGUGCGAGGAAGUGUUCGGCACCGCCGACCUUUACCAAGUGUUGGGCGUGCGGCGCGAGGCCUCAGACGGCGAGGUCCGACGCGGCUAUCACAAGGUGUCCCUCCAGGUGCACCCGGACCGGGUGGGCGAGGGCGACAAGGAGGACGCCACCCGCCGCUUCCAGAUCCUUGGGAAGGUCUAUUCCGUUCUGAGUGACAAAGAUCAGAGAGCAGUGUACGAUGAGCAGGGAACAGUGGACGAGGAUUCUGUUGUGCUCAGCCAAGAUCGGGACUGGGAGGCCUAUUGGAGAUUACUGUUUAAAAAGAUAUCUCUAGAAGACAUUCAAGCUUUUGAGAAGACAUACAAAGGUUCAGAAGAAGAGCUGGCUGAUAUUAAACAGGCCUAUCUGGACUUCAAGGGUGACAUGGAUCAGAUCAUGGAGUCUGUGCUGUGUGUGCAGUACACAGAGGAACCCAGGAUAAGGAACAUUAUUCAACAAGCCAUUGAUGCCAGAGAGGUCCCAUCCUAUAAUGCCUUUGUCAAAGAAGCAAAGCAAAAGAUGAAUGCAAGGAAAAGGAGGGCUCAGGAAGAGGCUAAAGAAGCAGAAAUGAGCAGGAAGGAGUUGGGGCUUGAUGAAGGAGUGGAUAACUUGAAAGCACUCAUUCAGGAGCUUGUCCAUUAGGGAGAGAUUUCUUGGCUGUAGAGGCAUCCCAUGAACCAAGAGACCAUUCACAUUUGGCUGAUGACCACUUGCUGCUUGACAGAGACUCAUCUACAUAUCAAAAGAAGGUGUUACUCAUUGGUUGGUGAAGAUAGCAGCUUGGUUUCCCAACUUUGCCAGAAGUUAGUAUUUCCAAAUUAGGUCAUUUAUACAAUUUUCUCCUGUGCCUUAACUUUUGUAAAUCUUGGUCAGUACCCCAGCUGGAGCCCCAAGUCCACUGUCAAGAUGACAAGAUCAGAGUGCUUUCCUCUCCAUUUCUAAAUGGGGAAGCCUGGUCAACUUAGAUGAAAGCAAUUAAUAGUCACUCUCAUAGGGGAGAGAGGACCUUUAUUAUUAUUAUUUACAUUAUACUAGAAAACAAAAUAUGGAACAAAAAUGGGGAGAAUAGGGGUAAAUGCUAUCUCUUUUACCAUCACAUAAUCCUAUGCUCUGCACCAACUAAUGCUUUCUCCUUCACUACACCUGGAGCAGUCAGCUCUCAAAAAUAACGUAAAUUCUGAAGACUUUAUUAGAAGGAGUUAAUUGUAUUUUAAUGUUAGCAGGAUUUAAUCUUAACUGCCACCGCGACCUUAGUGUCCUGUUUAUUUUCUCUCUCAGUUAGUCAGUUAAGUGCCCUUUCUGGCCAGCUCCUUCUCUGCCACAGUAUGCAUUUUCCUCCUACUUUGUCUUAAGAAUGUUUGGAUUAUUGCUUCUCCUUCCUUUGGUCAUUAACAACCAGAACUGUGUACGUUAACUUUUCAGGGCUUAGGCUACCUAGGUCAUAACCAGGCCAGUUCAACAUGUAGAAGUAUUUUAUUACCAUCAUAGGAAUAUUAGAUUAUUACCUAGGUCAUACUCCAGUGUGAUAAGGUAUGGGCCUUACUGAGUUUAUUUUUAUUUACUGUUUUUUAUUGAAGUAGAGUUGGUGUACAUAUUAUAUAAGUUACAGGUGUGUACAGUAUAGUGAUUCACAAGCUGAGUUUACUUUUAAAUAACCUUUUUAAAAUAUAGCUGCACAAUAUCUGGCCAGUACACCAACAAAGCAAAUACUAGAUGUGGUACUAAACCCAGGCUCGAUGAGCAUGGGCCAAGGAUGAGAAUCCUUUUUCUUUUUAUCCCUCCCCUGCUCCCACACUUUUUUUGCUACAAGUAACACUGGGAAGCUAUCAUUGUAAGAACUGGGAUUACAUAAAUCAUUACACGUGGAUGAGACCAGGCUUAUCAACCUUCUGCAAGAAAUGGCCAUUUUUAUAUGCUUGUCUACAGACUUAUUUGAAACCAUUUUCUCCUCCCUUUGAUUUGCCUUUUACAUCUGGUUAUGAUUAGUAAACAUCCAAAAAGCAAAAAUGUCAACAGAUUCAAAUAUUAAAAAUAAAACAAAAACCAGGUAGUCUGAGAUAAGAGAAAAAAGAGGGAAGAAGUCAAAAAGAAAUUCAAAGGACAGAAUGUUAAGGCCAUAGAAGAUCUGAUAUUGGUCCCUCUUUUCAUAUUUUUCAUUUUUUCCAAAGCAGACUUAAGUUGACCGUAUAGUUGAGUCUAGAUUGCACAGCUUAUAGAUGCCUUUUCAAAAGAGCUGAUUGAGAAUUACUUAUCAACUCUAAUUUUCUAUUAAUUUUUUAACAGGUUAAAUUUUUUUUAAUUGUGGUAGAAUAUACAUAGCAUAAUAUUACUGUGUUAACCAUUUUCACAUGUACAAUUCAUUGACAUGAGUGCAUUCGCUGCUAUUUUUUAAACUGAAAUUAAACUUAUCUUUGCAAAGA